GUAGAUGAUAUGGUGGAAGAUAUCCUGCAAACGCUAGAUACUAAAGGGAUUCUUGACAACACUUAUGUAUUCUUCUCCUCAGACAAUGGAUAUCAUUUAGGUCAGUUUGGUUUACCAUAUGAUAAAAGGCAACUGUAUGACUUUGAUAUCCGAGUACCACUGAUGGUGAGAGGACCAGGUAUAAAGCCUGCAACUUUUUCUGAUGAGGCUGUAUUAAAUAUUGACCUUGCACCAACGUUUCUCAGCCUUGCGGGUUCUAUUAUGCCAGGGGCAGAUGGUGUCAGUUUUAAAGACAUACUUCACCCGCAGGACAAUGGAACAAAACCAGUACGAGGAACUUUUCUGGUAGAGCAUACUGGUGAAUAUUCAGAAACUAUCAAAGGUUGUCCUCAGUACACAGGGCAGAAUAUGAAUAACUGCAAUAACCAUUGUGUUUGCGAGGAUUCUAAGAAUAACACAUUUGCUUGUAUAGUACAAAUUAGCAAGAUGGAGAACAUGAAAUACUGCGAAUUUAUUGAUUUACAGAAUUCUGUAGAGAUUUAUGACUUGAAAUCAGAUCCAGCAGAACUGAACAAUUUAUACCAAACAUGGCAGACAACCGACCCAAAGAAGAUUGCAUCUCUUGAACGACAGUUACAGUACCUAGCAACAUGUUCAGGAGAAGCAUGCCACAGUGUUCCUACCUAGUGCUACACAUAUUGUACAGUUAUAUGACUUGUAAUGCUCAUUUACCAAAAACAUCGUGCCAUUCUUGGUGUUCACACCCUGUGGUGGAAAACUCUGGUCUGGUGUAAUUAAACUUAAGUUUGGAGACCAGUUUAAAAAGUCAACAUCUGAUAGGUUGAUUUUGAGCUUAAUCUUGAAACUGACCAAUGGGAAUGUUGCAGUCAUAGACUGGUUCCCAGAUUCUUUUCCUAUAAUCUUUGAACCAGAUUAUACUUGUGAAUAAGCUAAGGCGUUGGUUGUAAGUUCAAAUUGUCACAAAAACAGCAUAGUCUGUUGUUGUUGUUAUACUGUGAUAUAUUGAGUCAGUUAUUGUGUUAAACACAUUCCUUGAAUAUAUCAUUAUAUUUUUUAUAUUGUUGAAUUAUAUAUCAGCUUAAAGGUAUGUAGCGCAGUAAAUAGUGCAUAUUUUUAUCAAAAAAGGGGUUACCGUAAUUGCUUUUUUAUGUCAGUGCAGUUAUCGUCUUUUUGCACUUCGGUAACGAUUUGUUUUUUAAGUUCAUAUUUUUUUUAAUUAUUUUAACUGAAAUGUAUCCUUUUUACUUAUUUUACAUGUACAAAUUCAUGACAUAUUUUUUGAGCUGGAAAAAGUAAAGAAAGAUCUUUAGAAUGUAUUGAUUUCUUUUGCAUUUUGAUUUGAAAGGUUGUUUGUUUUUCUGAUCUUGUAUGAAGCCAUUAUGGAAGUAUAAUAUUUGUCAGUCACUCAGUGACAGAAACUGUCUAAAACAUGUUUUUGAUUUGCAAUAAACUCCCAAGAAAAAAAGUUGAAAAAGUGAGUUUUUGGGAUGUUAUUUGUCAUUAAGUUUCAGGAAACCACUGAAAAGCAUGAAAUAACAUGUCAUAAAAAAUUGAUUUGUAAUAUUCAGCUUUGUUUUAAGCUGUUUUACGAGAAAAGUAAUAUUUAUUUUUGCAACAUUGUUAGCUCACCUGUCACAAAGUGACAAGGUGAGCUUUUGUGAUUGUGCAGCGUCCGUCCGUGCGUGCAUGCGUCAGUCCGUAAACUUUUGCUUGUGACCACUCUAGAGGUCACAUUUUUCAUGGGAUCUUUAUGAAAGUUGGUCAGAAUGUUCACCUUGAUGAUAUCUAGGUAAAGUUCGAAACCGGGUCAACUGCGGUCAAAAACUAGGUC